GCGAGGAGGGGGCCCUGGGAGAGGGGGAGCACGGUCAGAGGGCUGCGAGGGGGGACACACCUCCAAAUGUAACCCCAUGGAGCCCCCAAAAUAGAUCUGGGGAGCAGACAGUGUGGGUUGGGGGCUCCGGCAGCACACCUGGGGCUUUGGGGCCAAAAAGAAAGGCUGGGAGGGUGUGCAGGGAGGAGGAGGGGGGCAGAGCACCCCAAAUUGCCCCUCCCACUGGGGCUGGGAUCGAACAGGGCCCCCGUGGCAGGGAACACAUCCCGGGGACACAUCCCAGGGACACGUUGGAGUCCCUGGGACCAUUCCCCUGCCCUGUGGGGUGACGUUUGGGGCCGUGGCAGGGAAAUCCCUGUGGGAGGCAGCAGGUGCCUCUGGCUGCCCCUGGCAACUGCUCUGUGGUGCCGCCGCCAUCUCGGCCGCCCAGGCGUCCCGCUCCUCCGCACCCCCACCCCAAAAUGUCCCUGGGGCUGGAGGACAGCUUGUGUAGGGUUUUCCAAGAGAAGCUGCAGCUCCGGUAGGCGACGUGCAUCCCCCUCUCCAGCUGUCCUGUGGCUCCCCGUCACCUGGGGUUAGCUGGGGGGGGGGUUGGGGGCUGAUUUAGGGGUGUGCAGGGGGGCUGGAGAGAGGUUUGGGGGUAGCACCUCGGGGGGGUCAGGGCAGGAGGCUGCAGCAUCCCCACUGGUGUCGGGGCUGGGGGAGGCUGAAGCAGGAGGGGAGGUGGGGUCGGGGUGACCACAGGUGAUCACUGGGACCCCCCCUUGAGCUCAGGGGGGGUCCUUUGGGGUCUGGGGGUCCCAAGCUGGCCCUGACGGGCUCCGUGGGGCUGUGGGCAGGACGGUGCCAGCGGGGGACUCGGUGUCGCUGCUGCCUUCCUCCACGCGCCUGCUGCUGAAGAGGAGGGAGCUGGUGGAGGUGGAGGGGGCUCUGCGGGCCCAGCGGGAGGUAGGGGCGGCCCCCAGCCCCUCCGCCUGCCCCCUGCCUGGGGAGAGGGGUGGCUGGUGGGUACAGAGGGCUCGAAACCACCGGCAACCCCUCAAAGUGGCACCAAGACCCGGUUUGCGGUGGGUGCCCCCCUCACCCUGCUCCCCACCACCCCUGGGUGCCGCGGCGAAUCCACCUCAGGGAUUUGGGCGGAGGAUGGAGGACCUGGAUCGGCGCCGGCAGCAGCUGGGCCAGCGGGCAGAGCAGCUCCGCGACGUCGCCCUCAGCUUCGACGCCUUCCUCAAGGUUUCGGCGGCCAGGAGGGAGAGGGCACGGGUGGCAUGGAGGGGAGCCGAUGCUGACGGCCUGCAGCAGGAGCUGGCGGGGCUGCUGAGGCGCAGGGAGCGGCUGCGACGGCAGCUGCAGGGCCUCCAGGUCUUUGGGGAGUACCUGCGGGGUGUGGUGGCCACCACGGGGCGGGUGAGUGUGACAAAAGGCGUGUCCCCAUCCCGUGUCCCCCUGGGGUUGUGUUCCUCCGGGGCCACCAGCACUCUGAGCUCCACGUUGGGGGCAUCUGUGAGGGGAUCUGGAGCACGAAAUCACCCCCAAAAUGAGGGUGAGCAGCACCAUGGUGGGCUGAGUGCUCCUGUAACCCCUCGUCCCCUUCCCACCGCCCAGUUCCAGGAUGUCCCGUCCAUGCUGGCCCAUUUCGGGGCGCUGGUGGGGGUGCGGGCAGCCCUGCUGCAGCAGCUGGAGGCCGGGCAGCAGAGGCUGGCCCAGGGCCGGGCUCGGCUCCAGCGGUACCACGAGGAGGCCGGCGGUGAGCUCCUGCAGGGCAGGGACGAGGUGCUCCAGCUCCGUGCACGCCUGGAGGCCGCCCGCCACGACGUGCUCCAGGGGGAGUCCUGCUGGACCCAGAUCCAGAGCGCGGCCGCCCACAAGGCCCUGCUGCUGGGGCAGAUCCGGAUGGCGGUGCUGAGCCUCUUCCAGCUCGCCACCAAGCACCUGAGGGUCCCCAGGGACGUGGCCUUGGAGGACACAGAGACCCAGCUGGACAUGGUGCUGCUGUGCCUGCAGGACCUGGCUGCCAUCUGCGCUGAGCUGCGCCCCAAGGAGCCGGGGCUGGGCCUCACCACCACCACCCGCCCCCGGCACCACAGGGCUGUCACGGGGCCUCCGAGCCACCAGUGAGUCCCAACCUGGGGGCAAAUCCUCCCUGGGAUGAGGCUGCCAAGGCCAGCAGGGAGCUGCAGGACGCCAGCACCUCCCUGGGGAUGGAGGUGGCUCCACAACGAGCCCAGGAACGCCGAGAGGCAACACAGCUCCUGCACAGCGGGGCACCAAGUGCCUUAGGACAGAGCCUGCCCCCCCCAGUGCCCUCUUGCAACUGGGCCCCAGCUGCCUGGGGGGAAUGGGGAGCAGCUGCUCGUGUUCAGGCUGUUGGUGCUGAUAAAGCCGUUUCCCAUCAAAAUACAACCCAGCCGUGGAGCUGCAGCACCUGCUUCUUUUAGGGCCGCAGCUCGGGGAGGGAUUACCCCAGUCACAAGCCGCCCCCAUCAAGCACCAAGAGGAGGCAGGCUCCAAAACCAGCCGGCGAUUUAAUGUCUCUCCCUGGCAGCAUGUCCAGGCAAAAGCGGGGGGAAGCCUUUUGGCCACCCCGUGCUGCGGCACCUGCCCCGCUCCCCUCUCCUACAGCCUUUUUCGGAGCUUGCCCUUCUUGGUGGUGCCCACACGGCGCCCGAAGGCCAUCUGCCGCAGCUCCUGCACCCGCUGCCGGUUCCUGGCCUUGAGGCGCUUGAGGCCCCCGCGCUGCAGGAAGCGCUGCUUGGCCGCCGCCUUGCGCUGCUUCAGGAUCUGCUGCUUGGUCUUCAGCUCCGAGCGCACCUUGCCCCGCGUGGCAGGCUGCCGGCGUCCUGCGGGAUGGAGGCAGGCAGAGGAGGAGGUAAAAACCACGCUGGGAGGCCAGAGAGAGAGAGUGGGGGGCUAUGUGGGGGCUGCUGGGGUACUCACCCUGCCCGCGUUUGUGCUUCCCUUUGAACUGCUCCCUGCCUCGUUCGUCCUCCUCAUCGUCGUCCCGCUCGUCGACUUUCUGCUUCUGCUUCCACUUCUCAUAGCUGGGCUGGGUUAAGGGAACGUGCAGCCACUCCCCAGCACAUGCCCAGCCUCCCUCCCCGGCCCCAGCACCGGGCAGCUCCCCCGCUGCAGGACGUGGUGCUGGCACCCUCAGCCUCCCGAUUCCCCUUGCAGGGCGCAGUGCCCGCGGGCAGGAUACAGGUUGUUCUUGUAGGAGCCGCUGAUGUAGCGCCCGCUCUCUGUCCGCACCUUCUUCUUGUCCUCCUGGCCCGUUAGCCCCACAAACCGCUUCUUCUUACGGUCCCUGGGAAGGACAGAGGGGGAGGAAGUGGGAGAAAGUCCACCUCUAACUGCCCCUGCACAGUCUGACAGCAAGAAACAGUCUUCAGCUGGAAAAAAAUACCUCCUGGGGGUACAACCCUCUCUCCCCUGGCCAUGUGGACCCCCCGCUCACCACUUCAGCAGCUGCUUGCUCCUGUUGAGGUUGUGGUUCUCAUCGCCCAUGAGAUCCAGCACAGCUCCAGCUGCCUGCUGCUCGAAGGCGCUGCCCUCGCCGCCCACGCUCAGCCUGCGGGGAGGACAAAAGGAGCGCUGAGAGCAGCCCCCCAGCUGCAGGAUGUUGUGGGAGGGCAGCGGGAUUGCUCCCCGACUCACCCCCUCUCGCUCUCGAAGUCCUUGGGGCGGUAGGGGACGUAGAACUCCUCCUCCCGCUGUGCCGGCUGCUGCGGCUUCUUCCUGGCACCGUCUUCUCCAUCCCGGCCCCGUUUCCGUUUGCGUCCCACCACGGCGGAGAACACGUCCUGGGAAGGGGAUGGAGGGGGCUGGGGGAGCUGUGUCCCCCUGCCAGCCCAACCCAGGGGCCCAGGUUCCUGCAGGACACUGUGCUGGCCCCAAAACCAUAGCCCAGCCCUGUCCCUGCGCCUCUACCUGGAGGUUUUCCUCCUCUCCUUCCCUUUCCUCGGGCUCAGGGGGGGCCUGGCGCAGCCCCUGCCCUUGGAGAGCUGCUGCCCGCUUCUCCUGCUGCCCACGCUGGUACUUCUGGAUGAGGGCAUGGUCGCGGCGCCGCUUGGACCGCAUGACAGCGCUGGCCAUGGUGCGGGCUGUGGCGUUGAUCUCAAAGAUGGUCUGCACGGGGGGAGAGAGCAAGUCCUGCAUGCUGCAGGCACAGGGACCUUCCCUCCCCUCCUUCUGCCUCCCGUCCUGCCGGGCCUCAACUCACCGCCUUGGCCUUGUAGCUUUUAAUGCUGUCCACAAACUUCAGCCUCUCCAGCUCUGUGUCUUCAAAGCAAGCACCUGGAGAAUAUGGGCGCAGAGGGGACACCGAUCAGCCCAGCAGUGAGGGGACAGGUCCCCUCCCUCGGCGUCCCCGCGGCGCUCACUGAAGAGUGGGUGCAAGCCCAGCUGGGACGUGUCCAGGUCCUUCACCCUCUUGAUGGACUCGGGCGAGGGGCCGGGCCGGGAGCGCAGGUACUGCUUCUGCGCGUUGUCGGCCACCCGGCGCAGGCUGCGCAGCUCCAGAGAGCCCUCGUGGUCCGUGAGCAGCAGGCACUCCUCGUCAUCCACCAGGCUCCGCGGGACACGGCCCAGCACCCCGUCGGCACCUGGAGCACAGGGGACACCGUGUCAUCGCUCGCCCACCCUCCCUUCUCCAUCUGCACCUCUGUAAUAGGAGCAUAUCGCUUCUCUGAGAGCCCAAAAGGCUGGCACAAGACCACAGACUCCAAAAAUAAACCCCAUGUGCGGCCAGGACACGAGCCUGGAGGGAUGUGCAGUCACCCCAAUAUCUGUGAUGGGUUUGCCUUACCUGCAGGCAGCUCCUGGGCACCGGCGAGGACGAGCGGGCGCCCCAGGAAGAGGUGGAGGUCGAAGACGUAGGGCAUCUCGUCGGGAGCCACCAGUGAGUAGGCAGUGCCGCUCCGGCCGGCUCGAGCCACGCGACCUGGAAGGACGAAGAGGAGAAAAGUGGGAAACCAGAGCCACAGGCAGCAUGCCUGGGCUGGGAAGGGGCUGUGGGUCACUAGGGAAGGGAGCAAAAGGGGACCCAGCCACUGCCCCAAGCCUGUCCCUAGAGGCAGGGGACCCUGAGGUGCACGUGUCACCAGAAGGAAGGCACCAGCCCUGCCCUGAGAAGGGUCCACAGUCCAGCUGGGAAAACAGGGACAUCACAGCCCCCACCACGGCCACCUCCUGCCCCAGACGUAUCUCUAACAAGUCAAGGGGAUCAGCGCCUUCUCUGCAGGUUUCCCAGCAUGGUGAGGCGCAAGGACCAGACCCUUAAAAACAGGGGACGAGGGACAGCCCGUCCUGAGGGACCCCGGGUCGCACAGGGCGCUGCCACCCACCGACACGGUGCAGGAACAGCUUGGACUUGGCGGGGAAGCUGUAGUUGAUGACGUUGUCCAGCAUGGGGAUGUCGAGCCCGCGGGCAGCCACGUCGGUGACCAGCAGCACCGGGCACUUGCCCUGGGCGAAUUUGGCGAUGUUGAUCUUGCGGGCGGUCUGGUCCAGCGAGCUGUAGAUGUGGGUGCAGCAGAUGCCCUGGGCUGUCAGCAGCUAGAGAUGGGGGAAAAGUGAUCAGAUCCCGCUUGGAAAUGCACCCUCAGCUGAGGGACGGGGUCCCCCAGGCUCCUGAGACCCCAGGGUACCCACCCAGAUCCCAAACCCACUGCAAUCUGCCCUUUUUUGUAAGGAGUUGGUGAAUGCAGCAUCUCCACAAUCUCACGUGCUGGGGAUUUCUCCUUCAACCAGGAGAAAUGGGCUGGGACUCCAGCAGGAACCUGCCCAUGGAUGCAGACCCCACGUGGGUCUGUGAAGGGGCCCCCCUGCAGCCUGCCCACACCCAUCGUGUGCCCCCGAUGCCACUUGCCUCCUUGAGAUACUCCGUGUGGUGCUUGGUGGCCACGAAGACGACCGUCUGGUCCUGGGGCUUCACCACGCUGCGCAGCAGGUGGAGCAGCACGGCCGGUUUGUCGUCCCCGCGGACGUGGAAGAAAGCCAGCUGCAGGGGGAGGGCAGAGCUCAGCCCUUCUGGGGUCCCACUGCUCUUGGGGACACCCCGCAGCACCCUGCCAGCUCCCCACCCUGAGCACAAAGCCCGGCUCAAGCUCACCUUGAGCUGCUCGCUGAGCUUGGACUCCACAUCCAGACGGAUCAGCGUGGGCUCGGUGAGACCUGCAGGACACGGGCACACAGAGGAUGCGGGUGGGGUGGGGGACACGCUGCUGGGACAGCCCCCAGCUCCCUCCCAGCCUGGGGCACCUGCUUGGCCCAGCCUCAACCCAGCUUGGAUUUUCCAGUCCUGGGCCUGUGUCGAGCACAGCUGAGGGACUGGGUCACAUCCCCAUCCCUGACAGCUCACAGGGCCACUAAGCCUUGGAUCCAGCCCCAAAACCCAGCCCUGCAGCUGCCAUCUGCCCCACGCUUCUCACCAGCCCGGGCGAACUCGACGAGCAGCUUGGGCAGCGUGGCAG